GGCUGGACGGUUGGGCGAUUGUAAACAUGCCGGUCGUCCGGAAGAUUUUCCGCCGCCGCCGAGGCGACUCGGAGUCAGAGGAAGAUGAGCAGGACUCAGAGGAGGUUCGAUUAAAACUGGAAGAGACCAGAGAGGUACAGAACUUGAGGAAGAGGCCCAACGGGGUGAGUGCUGUGGCCCUGCUGGUGGGAGAGAAGGUACAAGAGGAGACAACUCUAGUGGAUGAUCCCUUUCAGAUGAAGACAGGUGGUAUGGUGGAUAUGAAGAAACUGAAGGAAAGGGGCAAAGAUAAGAUCAGUGAAGAGGAGGACCUGCACCUGGGGACAUCGUUUUCUGCAGAAACCAACAGACGGGAUGAGGAUGCAGACAUGAUGAAGUACAUUGAGACAGAGCUAAAGAAGAGGAAAGGGAUCGUGGAACAUGAGGAACAGAAAGUUAAGCCAAAGAAUGCAGAGGAUUGUCUUUAUGAACUUCCCGAAAACAUCCGUGUUUCCUCAGCAAAGAAGACCGAGGAAAUGCUUUCCAACCAGAUGCUGAGUGGCAUUCCUGAGGUGGACCUGGGCAUCGAUGCUAAAAUUAAAAAUAUAAUUUCCACGGAGGAUGCCAAGGCCCGUCUGCUGGCAGAGCAGCAGAACAAGAAGAAAGACAGCGAGACCUCCUUCGUGCCUACCAACAUGGCCGUGAAUUACGUGCAGCACAACAGAUUUUAUCAUGAAGAGCUCAACGCACCCAUCCGGAGAAACAAAGAAGAGCCCAAGGCCCGGCCCUUGAGAGUAGGCGACACGGAGAAGCCAGAGCCUGAGCGGUCCCCUCCUAACCGCAAGCGUCCUGCUAACGAGAAGGCAACUGAUGACUAUCAUUAUGAGAAGUUCAAGAAAAUGAAUAGGCGGUACUGAGCUGUGCAGAGUGGGAUGUAAAUAGCGCCUUCCUCUCCCUAUAUCCCUCCCGUGAAACAUGGCUUCCUGGCCGGGCAUGGUGGCUCAGG